GAGGCAGGGAGAUGGACAGGGUGUGUUAAACCUGCUGGGACAUGCUCAGCUUAGGACCUGAUUUAUUAACAGGCCCAUUGGCGGGGUGAACAUUCCCCCAUUUCUGAAACAGGAAACAACCCCCUGGACAGGGCUGGGAAAACAGACCAGAGUGCUGGAGCCUGAACCCAUUAGGCAGAGACUGCUGAGAAAUACAAAGGAAGGUGCUGGGAUUCCUGACCCUGUUCCCUGCGCAGAACUCUGCUUCCCACAUCAGCCUGUGCCUAGUAGAUGGGUGAUAAAUGAGAAGAUCCCGCACUUCCCCAUCUGCUGGGAGGACUUCUCAUUCCCAAACCUGACCUGGUCGCCCAGCUGGAAGCAGGGGGAGAGCCAUGGGUCCCGGAUCUCCAAGCCUCUGAGGAAAGGAAGGUCCCAAGACACACUCACACAGGUGAGGAGCCAGUGAUACUGACACAGAAACUGGCAAAUGAAGGAAAAAGCUGAAAAUCUCCAAAAUGUGCUAUGAGCAAUGACUCCUGCCUGGAUUCUCUCCCCCAGCAGGUGACCAGACAAAGAGUGAGAAUGAGGAGGAGACUCCACAGCAGGAAGGUCCUGAGCAGGUGGAAAUGCAGGGAACCAUUUUGAGAUCUGACAGUAAUUUUACCCAGUGCUUGGAACAGAGAACAGCCUGGAGUAAUUGGCGCAGGUCAGAGAGGAAACUGGGAAACAACCCAAGGGAGAAAGUGGAUGAAUCUAUUGAAUGUGGGAGAGGAGGCAAUGGUCCCAAGGAAACCACAGCCCAGCAGACCAAUCACACAAAAAAGAGAUCCUAUAAAUGCUUGGACUGUGGGAAAAGCUUCAGUUGGCUGUCUGGCUUUAUAAAGCAUGGGAGAAUUCACACAGGAGAGAAACCCUAUGAAUGCUUGAAGUGUAGGAAAACUUUUAGUCAGCACUCAGGCCUUGCUAGCCAUGGAAGAAUCCACACGGGAGAGCGUCCCUAUAAAUGCCUUGAGUGUGGGAAAAGCUUCAGUCAGCUCUCAGGCCUUAUUUGCCACAGGAGAAUCCACACGGGAGAGAGGCCAUAUAAAUGCUUUGAUUGUGGGAAAAGCUUCAGUGCACCAUCAGCCCUUAUUGUACAUCAGAGAAUCCACACUGGAGAGAAACCUUACAAAUGCUUGGACUGUGGGAAAAGUUUCAGUCAGAGUUCUGGUCUUACUAGCCAUGGGAAAAUCCACACAGGAGAGCGACCAUAUAAAUGCCUUGAGUGUGGGAAAAGUUUCAGUGCACCAUCAGCCCUUAUUAUACAUCAGAAAACACACAUGGGGGAGGAAUCUUUAAAAUGCUUGGACUGUGGGAAAAGUUUCAGUCAACGCUCAAGCCUUAUUAAACAUGGGAGAAUCCACAAGGGAGAGAAACCCUUUACAUGUUUGAACUGUGGGAAAAGUUUCAGUGAGAGCUCAAGCCUUAUUAAGCAUGGGAGAAUCCACACGGGAGAGAAACCUUAUAAAUGCUUGGACUGUGGGAAAAGUUUCAGUCAGAGUUCUGGCCUUAUUAGCCAUGGGAAAAUCCACACAGGAGAGGGACCAUAUAAAUGCCUUGAGUGUGGGAAAAGUUUCAGUGCACCAUCAACCCUUAUUAUACAUCAGAGAACCCACACGGGGGAGAAACCUUAUAAAUGCUUGGACUGUGGGAAAAGUUUUAGUCGGACCUCAGGCCUUAUUAGCCAUGAAAGAAUCCACACAGGAGAGAAACCCUUUAAAUGUUUGGACUGUGGGAACAGUUUCAGUCAGCGCUCAAGCCUUAUUAAACAUGGGAGAAUCCACACGGGAGAGAAACCCUUUAAAUGCUUGGACUGUGGGAACAGUUUCAGACAGCGCGCAAGCCUUAUUAUGCAUGGGAGAAUCCACACGGGAGAGAAACCCUUUACAUGCUUGGACUGUGGGAAAAGUUUCAGUCAGCGCUCCAGCCUUAUUAAGCAUGGGAGAAUCCACACGAGGGAAACCCCAUAAAUGCUUGGAUGAAGGGAAAAGCUUCAGUCCCAGCUCAUAACUUCAUAAACGUCUGAGAAUCCACAUGGGACAGAAUCUAUAAAUGCUUUGACUGUGGGAAAAGUUUCAUUUGAACAUCAAACCUUGCUUGACAUCAGACAGUCCACACAAGAGGGAGAACCCAUAAAUGCUUGGAUUGUGGGAAAAGCUUCAAUAACUGCAGGAAAAGAUUCAGUGUGAGCUUACACAUUAUUCCUCAUCAGAUAAUUCACAGAAGAAAGAGCUUGAAUUGGGGGAAGCUUCAUUUGGUGCUCACAGGGCAUCAAGCAUCAGCAAAUCCACACAGGGAAGAGCCUCUCGGAUGUCCUUAGCACGAAAAAUGCUUAGUUGGAGCUAACACCACAUUGGACAGCAGAGACUCCUCCACAAAGGAGAGAAAUUCUCUCAGUGCCCUGACUAGGGCUAGCCAUAGUGAAAACUCCAUUUCCUAAUUCCCACACACAGCAGUGGCAUUUGGCUCUCAAGUUUCCAACUGCCCGUCUCUAGGGGCAGGUUCCAGCGGCAGCUGAUCAGUGACCUUCUGGCUUUGCCUGGUCUAAGCAAACCCCAGGCAGAGGAGGAGAAGUCCCGAUCAGCCCCUCCUCCCUGCUGCAGCCCUGGCUGCUGAACUGAUGGGCCUUCCUGCCUCCUGGUAACCUGCUGGGGGAAGGGAGAGAGAAACUGCUUGUGACACUACACCCCAUAUUCUUCACAGUACUAUUACUAUGAUAUUAUUAUGGCAUAAUUAUGAUGCAUUUUGCACA